AUGUAUUUAUUCCCUUGCAUUAACAUUCCACAAAAGGCAAUUGCAGCUGCAGAAGCUGCUAAGACUGCACCAGACGCCUUCUACUGCAAACGCCUUCUAAACGCUACUGGAAUAGUUGUAGUCCCUGGUUCUGGCUUUAGACAGGUACCGGGAACAUGGCAUUUCAGGUGCACUAUACUUCUUCGAGAAGAUAAGAUUCCGGCAAUCGUUAACCGUCUCACUGAGUUCCACAAGAGCUUCAUGGAUGAGUUCCGUGACUAA